AUGUUAGAAGCUGAUGUGACAGACACAUUUGGUAUACCUUUGCAAAACAGUUCACGGUACGAUGACGUUGUGGAAGUUUCUGAAAAAUUAUAUGAUGUAAGGUGCAAAUUUUAUAUAAACUUUAAUUGCUUUAGGUAGAUUCUUAUAUUAUGAUCCACGCCGCAGGAGGUAUUGCAAAAGAUUGGUGGAAUAUUAUUCGUAUUUACGACAGUUAUAGUUGGAUUUUCAUUUUGACUGUCUUCUUUAUAGAAUGUUUUUGUGCUCUUGUUAUAUACAGAACGGAAAAAGUUGUAGGAUUUACAACUAGAAAAAAGGAUCUUGAUGUAGGUUUUAAGUAUUAGUGAAAAUUAAAUGCGUUAAAGGUGAUAUGGCAAGUAAUAUGUGUACAACUCUUACAAGCCACAAACUGGUCUUUCAAUUUGAGUUCUGGCAAGUUUUUGGUUGUUUUGUUUGCUCUGUUGCAAGGUACUAUACUUUUCGGCAUUUUUACGUCUUGGUUUUUGCUAUCUAUUAUCAAAGAACCAAGUUACAAAGAAUUAACAGCAUACCAGUAUAUAUUUUCUGAGCUAGAAGCUGGUAACAGAAGGUUGGUGUCAGAAGGCUCUCAACGAUGGCUUGAAGACCGUAUGGCUGAUUCUGUAGAAUUUCCUUUUUUGCAAUUGAAAAGCGCAUUGAAAAAACAUCCACUUAUUGAAGGGCUUUAUCCGGACGGUAAGUACUGUAGGAUCCUUUUUUUGCUUUUGUUUAUAUAGGAUGAUGCUAUACCAAUAAAUUUUUUAAUUUAUAAAAGUUAUUGCAGAAGUGAUAGAUAAAGUAUUAUACGAAAAUGCUGUGAUGUAUGGCCAAGCUGACUUUCGCGGUUACUUCGACGCUUUGGCGCAUUGUGACAUUUUACAUUCUAACAUUGUCUUUCCGUUGAUAGGCACUCAUCUUCUCUUUCCAAAAAACUUUUCAUUAAUGCCACAAAUCAACAAGAUCAUCCUUGACAACCAGUUUAAGUUCAAGAACAUUAAUAUUCGAUAUUCCAAGUUAGUGUCGCCUACAAGCUGUGAAAAGUUUCGACCGGGAGAUCCACUGCGUAAGUUGGAAUAUUGAUAUUUUAAAAACAUUUCUAUAAAAUAGUUAUAUCUUCAAAUUUUAGGUAUCAACUUUUACAUUGGACCAUUGAUUGUAUGCAGCAUCGUAUUCUUUGUCGCUUUUGUCACUUUAAUCAUCGAAUUUUGUUUCAAAUGGUUUUGUGAUUUUAGAAAACAAGAUUUACACAAGUUGUACAAUGUCACAGUUUGGGUAAAUAAAUAA